CCCGCUUCGGAACAGUCCUGACCUCGAGCCAUUUCCAGCUGCAAACAAUGCUCAGGCUCUGGAGCCUCAGGCAGCAUAUACAUCUCCCUGGAUCUCGGCAUGUUCAUUUAACUGUGUCCAAUAAUGCUGCUGCCUCCGCAAGUACUUCAUCACCGGUGACAUCAAAAUGGACACCAAACUCUGUACGAACAGGUCUAAUUGCUCGAAAACGCGGAAUGACUGCUAUGUGGGAUAAUCACGGAGCCCGUGUUCCUGUUACAGUCCUCCAAGUGGAAGAUUGUCAAGUAACCGCGAACGUUAAGACUGUUCGACCAGACAACACGGAAUAUCAUGCUGUUCAAGUUGCAGCAAGUGAUAGGCCUGAAAAGACGACUACUGCUCAGAUGCUUGGUCACUUCGAGAAAGCAGGCGUUUCGCCUAAGCGUAUUGUGAAGGAGUUCCCUGUGACACCCGACGCUCAUGUCCCAGUCGGCACGACAUUGUCUGCCAUACACUUUGUUCCCGGUCAAUUUGUUGACGUCGUCGCAAAUUCUCUCGGCAAGGGUUUCCAAGGGACCAUGAAGAGGUGGAACUUCAAGGGUCUUCGUGCGAGUCAUGGUGUCUCAGCAUCGCAUCGUGCAGCGGGAGCUAUUGGUGCCCAUCAGGAUCCUGGCCGUGUUUGGCCAGGCAAAAAGAUGGCUGGUCGCAUGGGUGGCGUUCGUAGGACAACGCUAAACCUCACUGUGGUCCGCAUCGACACCUCCCUUGACCUCAUCUACGUGAAAGGAUGUGUCUCAGGCGUAGACGAUGCACAUGUUCUUGUCCGAGAUGCGAAGAAGAAAAUGACUCACAUAGCACAGGUUAACCAUGCCAAGGGUAACUUUGACAAGGUCCUACCCAAACAUGUGGAUGACUUGCCGUUCCCUGCGGGCACCGCGGAACUGGCCAAAGAGUUCCCUCCUGUUAUCGUCGCUCCUUCGAAGCGCCGCAGUCCAUUUGUGCCCAUCGAAUAGACAUCCCAUUUUCGUUUUGAUUGUUCAAGGCGCUGCAGCGCUGGAGUGUACUGCUGGUCGACAAUCCACCGGCGCCCGAUUCUUGUGAUACACGUAAUGGUAAUUCGUAUUCGUCCUCUCAAUAUAAGCUACCUAUAAGC